AUGCCUCGUAGUAUCAUCGCAAAUCCUUGGCAAAUUGACGGUUCCGAUAGUGAAGAAGAAAUUAAUAAUCAGUAUAACUUGAAUACAUCGUUUUCAUCAAAGCCAUCAGUACCGAUAGCUUUUGCACGGCGAAGUGAACCGAAAAUUCUCGAUUGGCAUCCGAUAGUAAAUGAAAACAAACCUAAAGGUAAAUUAGGUGGAAAAAGAACAGCUCCAUUACUUGAAAAAGCAACAUCAUUUCAUAAACCACUCUUCUCUGGACUAUUAAAUAGACGAUCAUCAUUAUCAUCAUCUCGUUCAAUCUUACGAUCAAAAGGCCAAAAUAAAAUGUUAGUUCCUCUAACUGCAAUGCCAAGCUUUGAUCCAAUAUUAUGCGUCGAAGAAGAUUCAAAGAAAUUCAUUUAUACAUAUAUUCCACCAGAUUAUUCAACAUUUAUUCAUUGUUAUCUUCGACGUGAUAAAAGUGGCAUACAAAAAGAAUUUUUUCCAACAUAUUAUUUACAUAUGGAACGUCCUGAUGAUGACAAAAAAAUUUUUCUCUUAGCUGCACGAAAAGUUCCUAAAGUAAAUCAACAAUCGCAAUAUAUAAUUACAACUCAAAUUGAAACUCUACAUGAAAAAUCAGGUGGUGAUGGAUAUGUUGGAAGAUUACAAGAAACUAAUAUGAAGGGUACAGAAUAUACACUCUAUGAUGAUGGUAUGAGCCCGAGUAAAUAUAAAAAAUCACAUUCAAAUGAUAAAAAUGGUUUACGACGUGAAUUAAUAUCUAUAAUUUACAGCACGAAUGUUCUUGGUUUCAAAGGUCCACGACAAAUCAAUGCUGUUAUACCUCAAAUCGACUAUGAUAUUCGACCAACAAAAGAUGAAGAUACAAUUCUUGAUCAAUGGCGAGAUAGACGAUUUACUUAUUUAAUUCAAUUAAGAAAUCGAACGCCACAACGGAUUGAUGGAAGAAAAGGUCAUGUACUUGAAUUUGAUAGUCAUCAUAAUAUUCAAGCAUCAGUUAAAAAUUUUCAAAUGGUUGUAGACAAUGAAAAUCUUGAAGAAGAAGUCGUUAUGCAAUUUGGUCGUAUUACAGAUGAUACAUUUCUGUUAGACUAUCGUUAUCCACUUUCAGCUAUUCAAGCUUUUAGUAUUGCUCUUAGUGCAUUCGAUAGUCACUUUACACGAGAAUAA